AUGGCGUCUCCAGUCAGAAUGUCGGCACCGGCUUGUGACCGUCGUGCAGACCCUGUUUUCUCCUCUGUUGCUCUGUCCGCCGAAGCCAUCCCGUUCACUCCUCGGUCGACGGAUGGGCCGAGACUGGACUCCUUGUCGGACGCUGAGAAGCAGUUUUCCCGCUGUGCCGCAAAGCUCCGAGCCCUGCGAGCAUCUUCAGGCCAGCUGAGAGAGGAGCUCAACCAGCUGUUUGAUCAGCUGCUGUCCGAGAACUACAACAGAACCUUCGAGCCCGACAUCAACAUCCGACCACAGGAUGUGUGUCUUCUGCUGAAACAUGUCAGCAGUCUUGUACCUCUGAGUCAAGAACACUUAAUGGUCAAAUUCUGCCAACUUGUACAUCACCUCCUAAAUCAACUGAAGGUAAUAAUGGAUGAGCAGACACUGGAGGUGUUGAUGAACUACACCAGCAGUGCACUAAAAGAGUGCAGUUUGUGGACACACCCGGACGUCCUCUUGGCUCUCUCCACAGUGGUUUAUGGGAAUGGACCUCAAUGCCACCAGCUUGUCAAUGACUUGCUGGGUGAAGAUGGACUUCUUCUGCAGUACAGUUCUCCAUCUCAGCCAAAUGUAGAGUUACGGCGAGUUGCUCUCAUCUUCAUGGCCAACACCUGCCUCAGGAUCCCUGGUCAGCCACCACUGGAUGAUCAGUACAGAAGUGUUUGCUUCAGAGUGUUUCUGAAAACGCUGCAGUCAACUAAACCUUCCGACACCGACGACCUCUUCUACUGCAUGGUGAUCCAAGCAGCACUGAAGGGUCUUCAGUGUUGUCUCUCAGGUGGGAAGUGGAAGUUUGGAGGAGGAGAGGACCUUGGAUCUGCACUAGCUGCGCUUAAGAGGCUGAUGUUCCAAGGAGCUCCAGGUUUGAGCGUGGAGUGGCCGUCCGUGCUUUACCCAGCGCUCCUCCCUCAGUAUGAAGGCAUCUCUGCAGAAAAGCCGGCUGAACCACAAAAAUCUUUAGAAACACAGAAAGAUGCUGACGCUACCGGAAAAGCUUCUGGUAAAAAAAAGAGGAAACCAAAGGGAAAAGGUAAGAAGACAAAGGCUGAUGAGAGUAGAGAGGAUGACAGGGAGGAGAAAGAUGAGGCAGUGCCUGUAUGGCAGAGAGGAGGAGGAGAUGGACUUAGAGACAAUGGGGAGACGACGUUAAAAUCUUCCUCCUCGUUUCUCUACCCUUCAUGGAAGUUCAACAGUUCAGACUCUGAGUUUUCUGAUGUAGAAGGAAAUGCACAGAGCAAACUAAGACUUUUCCAUGGCCGUGUGCGUCAAGGAGCGCUGCACUGCAUGCUGGCAGUGGUAAAAGUUGUGGAGAGGAGGACUCUGUAUGGAUACUGGUCCUCCUUCAUCCCUGACUCCCAUACUGGAGGUCCACCCCCUCUAACCCUCCUCACGAUUAUAUUGAAGGACUCCUCGCCAAAGGUGCGACUGUGUGCGCUCCAGGUGUUGUCGGCCAUACUCGACGGCUCCCGUAAUUUUCUGGCUGCGGCUGAAGACACGGCACCCCCCCGAACGUCCUACACCCCGUUCUCCUUCACUCUGGCCACCGCCAUCAGAGAGCUGCACCGAGCACUCAGCCUGGCUCUGCUGGCCGAGACCUCGCCUCAAACACUCACCCAGGUCAUAAAGUGUUUGGCGUUCCUGGUGUCCAAUGCUCCCUACCACCGUCUCCGACCCGGACUGCUCAGCCAGCUCUGGAAGCAGAUCCGUUCUUACGUUCGCCACAGAGACGUGACCGUUCGUGUGUCAGUGCUCACGCUGUACGGUGCCCUGGUGACGACUCAGGCCCCCCUCCCAGAGGUGCAGCUUCUCCUCCAGCAGCCGGAGGACAGCGGCGGAGCGUCGGGCUCCUGCACGCCGCAGGACUCAGCUCUCAGCUGGAGAAAAAGAAACGGUGUGGCCUCGCCCGCUCGUGUACCUGCAGCAUCGCCUCACUCCCCCUACGUUCCUCGCACACCAACAGAGGGGAGCGGCUCCCCACCGUGGCUGCUGAAGCUUUGUGUGUCUCUGGUCACUCAGCCCAGAGAGGACCAGCCUGAUGCUGAGGGAACAGCAGGGGGGGCUGCGCUAGAGCCCCCACCUGUUCGACUAGCAGCUUUACAGGUCCUGGCCCACCUGGUGCGGGGCUACUUCCCUCUGACUCAGUCCAGUCUGUGUGAGGUGGGACAGGUGAGCGCCCACUGCCUCCAGGAGACUGACCCCUCCAUACAACUCCAUGGAUCAAAGCUCCUGGUGGAGUUUGGAACAGGAAUAAUCCUGCAGUACAGAGCAGAGAGCAGCAGCCCUGAGAGCUCCAGGGUCCCCAUAAACCAAGUGGUGCAGCUUUGGUCAGACGUGUUAAGCGGACCGCUGAACGGAGCGCUGCAGAACGACAAAGAUCCCGCUCUGCAGGCGAGCGCCUGCGACACGCUGGCCUCGGUCCUGCCGCAGGCCUUCGUGCAGCUUCCUGAGAAAACUCAACUGAUGUGCAUCACUGUGCUGCUGGGCCUGACCUACGUUGAGAACCACCUGGUGAAGACGUCAGCUGUCCGAGCGUUGGGCGUCUACAUCCUGUUCCCGUGUUUGAGAGAGGAUGUGAUGUUCGUGGCAGACACUGCCAACAUUAUCCUGGCUGCCCUCGACGAUCGAUCUAUGAACGUUCGGACCAAAGCUGCGUGGGCCCUCGCGAACCUCUCCGACACGCUCAUCAUCAAUAUGCAGAAUGUUGGUGUGGCUUUUCAAGAAGAGUUAUCGGACCUGCUUCUGCUGAAGAUGCUGCAGGCGGCCACCCGAGCAUCCACCGACAAAGACAAGGUCAAGUCUAAUGCGGUGCGAGUGCUUGGAAAUCUGCUUCAUUUCCUGCGUCACAGUCAGAUGAGCCGCUCUGUGUUCCAGCGCCCUUUGGAAGAUGCCAUUCGGGCUCUGAUUAGAACCGUUCUGUCCGAAGCUACCAUGAAGGUCCGGUGGAAUGCUUGUUAUGCCUUGGGGAAUGCUUUCAGAAACCCCGCCCUGCCUCUCGAAUCUGCCCCGUGGUCCCACGACGCGUUCUCCGCCCUCAGCCACGUCGUCACUUCCUGCGAGAACUUAAAGGUCCGGAUCAAAUCUGCCGCCGCCCUCGCAGUCCCAGCCCAACGUGGCUGCUAUGGCGACACGAAGCGGUUCUGCUGCAUUUGGCGCUCGCUGGCGACCUCGCUGAAGAACAGCGAGAACAUAAAUGACUUCCUGGGGUAUCGCUACAGCACCAGCCUGAGACACACGCUGGCAGAAGCUCUGCUGCACCUGCUCAGCCUCAGCGAGGCGCUGGACAUGGUUGAGCUUGGGGCGUUUCUGGCUGGGGAGGAGGGGAGGGGCAUCAUUGAGCACCUGGUCAAGUAUCUCAAAGAGGAGGGAGAAGGAGAUGAUGAAGCAGGAGGAGACCGUGUCCACCCCCAGCAGAGGAUUGUUGGUCUGCAGCGGACUCUGAUCAGACUUAAAGAGCUGAAGGCUGGAGGACGUGCAGAGGAGGAAGGAAAGCAGGUGGUGCUUCAGUUCCUUGAGGAUCUUUUAAAGAUCUGUGAAGAGUGUUAGCAUUUCUCUUCCAAACCCUGCAAGCCAGAAAACAAUG